AUGCUGCCCAUCAUCUGGGAUGGCAAGAAGGUCAGCAGCACCCACUAUUACCUGCUGCCUGAGCGACUGCCCUAUCUGAGCGCCACCAGUGCUGUCUGCAUGAGACCCAGAGCCCUGAGAAACUGGCAUUCCCUGCCUGUGACCCUGCUGCUGCCCCCAUCCAGCACCUUGGCCCCCACUGCCCCCAUUGCCCCCACUGCCACCAUUCGACUGAUACCUGAGACUGCCUCAAACCCCAAGGCCAACUUCUUCACCACCAACAGCAACCCAGGGACCCGGCGCCCAGCCCUGAGGGCCACUGCUUUGUACUACAGAAGGGCUGCCCUGGGGAUGGGCCAGAGAUGGCUGCCCCCAGCAACAGAGGAGAAGCAUGGCCGGCUGCAAGGCCUAAAGCAGCAGACACAGGGAGAAGUGCAGCGCAAGGCAGCAGAGCAGCGUGGGCAGCACGGAGGUGCCCAGGCCCAGAGACAGAGCCUAUGGCUGGUGGCUGCUGUCCAGGCCUGGAUGCCCCUCCUCCCCUGGUCCUCAGAGCCUGCCAUCCCAGGCCAAACAUUUCCCCAGCAAGGCAUUGACCUUCCUCAGUUGUGCCACCUCAGAGACACUGGGAACCUGGGCCGGAAUUCGACCCAACGUCUGACUCCCUCUUCUCAGACGGUUCCCCCUUUUCUCCUCUCCACUGUUAGAAACAGAUUUGGGCUGGCUUUGGCCUGCGGGGGUCCACACCUGCUGCUGCCGCCUGUGCUGCUGCUCCUGGCCUCAGGUUCCUGGGUAAAGGGUGCUGUGCCUGAAGAAAUUCACAGACACUCAGGACAGACUCUCUUCCUGCAAUGCCGGUACUCGCCAAAGACAGGGCCCUAUCAGCCCAAAUCCUGGUGUCAGCAGACGUCGCCAAAUACGUGUACCUUAUCCCCAACCACAUCUCCUGUGUGGACCCUCACCUGGCUCCCAACAAGCACAGUUCUGAUCACUUCUCCAGAGGGGACCUCUGACCAUCCCUCCGUCAAUGGCUCUGAGACCAGGAAAUCAAGGGCUCCCCUCUGCCUUGGCUCAGCUGGCCCCAGACUCCUGAUCUUUGUGCUGUGUGGACUCCUCCUGGCCAAGGGCCUCUGA